AUGCCAAUCGUGCUAUCAGUCGAUCGCCGAGCCGAUGGGACGAAGCCUGUCUCCGAGGUCGUACGUCGCCAGGAUCCCAAGCUCAGCCAGCAUCAUUAUUCCAAGUUGUUACCGGGCAAUAUUCGCCUACUUCACCUUCUUCCAGACGAAGAUGACAAAGCUCCGAUACAAUGUCAACUCUUGGAAUAUGCGCUCCAGAAGACGGGAAAAAGGGCAUGUUUGUACGAGGCCCUAUCCUACUGCUGGGGUAGCUCAGACAAGCCUUAUCGUGCCUUCAUAGGCGAGCGUUACUUGCCCAUCACAUCAAACCUAUACGCGGCACUGUUGCGACUUCGAGAUCGCUUCAUCGGGCGAGUGCUAUGGGUGGAUUCUAUCUGCAUCGACCAAGAAGAUACGGAAGAGCGAGGACAGCAAGUUCAGUUCAUGGCAGAGAUAUACUGUAAAGCGAACCGUGUGAUCGUCUGGCUUGGAGAAGCUGAACCUGGCGACCAUCACGCAUCGAAGGAAAUAGUCGGUGCUGCAUUGGCAAGCGGAGACCAGACUACGACUCCCUCCGAUAAUGAAAGCGGCCAUGAAGCUGUUUCCAGGCUUCUGGCGCGACCGUGGUUUCGGCGUAUCUGGGUGCUGCAGGAGGUUGCUGCGGCUCGGAAUCUACGCAUAAUGUGUGGCUCAACCGAGGUCGACGGAUUCGCCUUCCACUUGGGUCUCGAAGCCUACCCAGGCUUCCAGAAUCCGAUACGUCCAGUGACAUACCUGAUGAAGAAUUCCAUAUCCCGGCCCAAUUACAUGAUUGAUUCUUCAGGCAGGGUCUCUUUGGGCAUACGCCCUCUCAGCGAGCUGAUGGACAUGUAUCACACCCAUGAGGCCUCGGAGCGCCGUGAUAAGGUAUUCGCCUUGCUCGGCAUGAGUUCCGAUGCCCCCAGUGCGUUACAAGCCGCUGGCCUAUCGCCGGACUACGACGUACCAUGGGAGGAAGUCCUCAGGCGACUCGUCCAGUUCUUUCUCGGAGGCCGGGUAGUGGUGGACACAUUCCCCGAUCGGGAGUUCUCGAUCAUUAAAGCCAAAAGUUGUCUUGUUGGCAAGGUGUCCUCUGUCAACGGACAACGAGUGACCACUACUAGUACCACGCGAAGGCCUACGUCGCAGGAUCCCUUGGCGUGGUCUAAGAAGGAAUGGGUCUCCCAGCCAUCCCCCAAAGCUGUUCAAAAGGGUGACCUGGUUUGCUAUAUCGACGGAGCAGCAACAUCUCUCAUCAUCAGACCAUUUACCGAUUACUUUUCCGUCAUCUUGGUCUCAGUCCCGGCACUGGAAGAAUUGAUCAUAGACAGCGGACCAUGGCGACGAAAUGAAGAUACAACACUGCGUUCUCUGUCUGAUGUUCUACUGGUUUGGACCUGGGAGAGCUCCGAGAUCCAUCCUCUUCUCAAUGACUAUGAAUUCGAGCUUAGAUAUGACGACUACCUGGAAGGAGAGGAAAGGGAUGCUCUAGCCAAGGUGGCUAGAAUAUGGAACCGCUGCUUCGCUGUUUCAAGAUGCAGAUCAGUAUGA